AAGAGACAUGAGACCCGUCUCUACUAGUCUUGGAAGGUGAUUAACCUAAAUCUUCUAUCCCAUCCAUGACCAUCUCAACCAUUUGGAACAAAGAAACAGCCGACACGGGGAGUUUUUCUGCAAGAAAAAGAUAUCGCUGUCCGAUCAUGGUAAUGUGCUCCUGAAUGAAUCCAGGGGUUUCGUUACAAUUUUAAGCUCUCAGCAUAGAGUCAAAUGGCGAGUGAAAAAUUCUGAUUUACAAAAUAUGUUUCAACAUGGAAACCUAUAUAGAUUUGCUGCGGUACCAUGUAGUACGACGUAUGCUGUGAAUACCCGGUUAAUCACAGACUAAAUGAAUCCGGAAAUCAACACCAACAUUAAACCUUUCCGUUAGAAAUCGGCUAUCGUAUUUCAAAUUUUCAGAGUUUUGUUUUUAUUUGUGAAUACUUUGUUUGCACUGACUAACUUUCAAUUGUAACAAGAGCGACAUAUAAGUUGAAAGUUUGUGAUGGCCUUGUCAGCUGUAAGGAAUUAUGAUGAGGAUAAGAAGGCUUGUGACCAGUUCCUACGUUUUUAUAGCAAAAUGGAUAGUUGUGGGAAUAAGCACUUUGUUUAUAGCGAACAGCUGACUCGCAUUGCAAAUCGUGAACAAUCGGUGCUUUAUAUUUCUCUAGACGAUGUAGCUGAACACUCUAGCGACUUAGCUAAUGCGAUAGAAUGCAACGCUGUUCGUUACACAAAGAUAUUUGCCGAGGUUAUUGACGACUUACUACCUGAUUUUCGAACUGUUGAUUUUGUUCCCCAAGAUGUCCUGGACAUAUUUAUUGACCACAGAAUCAGAAUGGAACAGCGAAUCAGAGCUGCAGAUGCGGAGACAGCCCCACGUGCUGUGUCCCGCGAUCCUGAACCUGUGAAUAUGGCGGAAGUUCGGUCCAGGUUCCCACCUGAGCUUCUACGACGUUUUGAGGUUUACUUCUGUGGCAGGUCAGAUACGAAGCCAUUGUGUGUUCGGAAUGUGUUGGCUUCCAGCAUUGGGCAUCUUAUUCAGGUUCGUGGAGUCGUUACACGCGCAACCGAAGUCAAACCUCUCAUAACAACGGCGACAUACACUUGUGAUCGUUGUGGUGCUGAGACAUAUCAGGAAAUAAAUAACCCAACGUUCAUGCCACUUACUGUUUGUGGUACCGCUGCGUGUAAAAAUGCCGGACCGGGUGGUGGUGGUCGACUACAUAUGCAGACACGGGGAUCCAAGUUCCUUAAAUUCCAAGAGAUUCGUAUCCAGGAAUUAUCUGAUCAAGUGCCUGUUGGUCAUAUUCCUCGCGCAUUGACCAUUUAUCUUCGAGGUGAAAACACUCGGGCAGCUCAACCUGGCGAUCAUAUUCUUCUUACAGGUGUCUUUCUGCCAAGUGUACGCGGAGCAAGCUUUUCUGGUAGCGGUAGAACAAAUCAAGCUUCGGCAUCUUUGAAUACUGCCUCUGGUGGUUUACUAACUGACACUUAUUUGGAAGGUCACAGUGUACAACUACUGAGUAAGACAGAUGAUGUUACGGAUGCCAACGAACCAAGUGAAGAGGAAAUAGAACGCUUACGGGAUCUCGAGUUCUACUCGCUAAUGGCUCAAUCACUAGCUCCUGAAAUUUAUGGCCACGAAGAUGUAAAGAAGGCUUUACUUCUAUUGCUGGUUGGUGGUGUGGAGUUAGCUCCUAAAGAAGGACUUCGAAUUAGAGGGAAUUUAAACAUCUGUUUAAUGGGUGACCCAGGAGUCGCCAAGUCUCAACUACUGGGAUUUGUUGAUCGCCUUAGCCCUAGAUCACAGUAUACGACUGGCCGAGGUAGUUCUGGAGUAGGUUUAACAGCUUCAGUCAUGAAGGAUCCAUUAACAGGUGAAAUGACUUUAGAAGGGGGAGCUUUGGUAUUAGCGGACCAAGGAGUAUGUUGCAUUGACGAAUUCGAUAAAAUGACGGAAUUUGAUCGCACAGCGAUACAUGAAGUAAUGGAACAGCAAACCAUCAGUAUAGCUAAAGCUGGUAUACUCACAACACUGAAUGCACGAGUUGCAAUCCUUGCUGCAGCUAAUCCAGCUUAUGGACGUUAUAAUCCUAAUAAAAGUGUAGAACAAAAUGUAGACCUGCCUGCAGCCUUGCUUUCUCGUUUUGAUUUAUUGUGGUUGAUUCAAGAUAAACCUGACCGGGAACAUGAUCUUAGAUUGGCACAACACAUUACUUUUGUGCAUAUGCAUGGAUCUGCUCCAUCAGCUACUGACUCACAGAUUGAUUCAACUUCAAGUACGAAUCAUCAACAAUUGCUAUCACUACCAGAACUCCGUCGUCUUAUCGCUGUUGCCAAAGCUCAACCCGCUCCAGCUGUCCCUGCUCAUUUGGCCGAUUAUCUAGUCGGUGCUUAUGUAGAAAUGAGGAAAGAAGCACGUGCAAACAAAGAAAUGACUUAUACAAGUGCAAGAACUCUUCUGGCUAUAAUGAGAUUGUCUACAGCCCGUGCUCGACUUCGCGCAGCUUCGGAGGUUAGUAAAGGCGAUAUAGAUGAAGCUAUGCGUCUUAUGGAAGCUAGCCGUUCAUCAAUUCUUACGUCUUACGACGAUUCCAAUCGUUCAGGACGUCCUCAGUCGUACAAAGAUGUAAUUUACCAUAUUGUUCGUGAGUUAACUGCUGCCGGUGACGGGACAGCACGAAUUGCUGAUAUCCUUGAACGUUGUGCAACUAAAGGAUAUACACCAGCUCAGCUUAAUGAGGUCAUUGAAGCAUAUGAAGAUCUUAAUGUUUGGCAAGUUAAUAUUGGACGAACAAGAAUCACUACUGUAGCUUAACUGUGCAUUACCUCAAUGAAUAAUCCAUCAGAGAUCAAGAUUUCAUGUUAAGUGUUGUAUUUAUUUCUGUGUAUUAUUGAUAUUCUGUAUUACGCUGUUUUAUACUUGUUUUAUUACACAUUCAUUAACUGAGAAUCUGUAUUUUUCUUUCACGACAGUAGUUUGAUGUACAGUGAAGAUGUAGUGCGCGAUUUACUUAGCUUUACUUCAUUUAAUGGUUCAGAAGUUUAUCGGUAUUUUUAAGUUACCAACACUUACAAUAUAUUAUUCGAUUAUAUAGAAAAUAUACAAACCCGUUUUCACAGUGUUUUUUGUCUUCAUAUAAGUCUUUAUGGUACAUCAGAAUCCAUAACAGCAAACUCAACAAAUUUCAGUAUGAAUCAGCUCAUACGCAAUACAGAUAGAUAUGAACUCUAGUCCAUCAGCAAAAGAGAAUAAGUUAUACAUACCGAAAAGAAAUAAGAAGUGUGAGAAAUGAUUUGUUACGGAUAAAAGUCAUGCUUAUAAGACCAACACACUGCAUCCAUUGAUAGUCAUAAAUAACGAACACUAUGGUGGUGGUCAUUUAAAAGUAAAGCACAAUUAAUCGGUUUAGUCAUAAGCAUAACUGACAAUUCCCAAAUAGUGCAUGCUAUAUUUCCAUGAUUUUUCCGGAUUUUUUGAUGAAGUCUAUUGAAUCUUCACAGAAAUAUUUCCGCAUUCAUGUUUAGAUCCUG